UUUUUUUUUUUUCUCCCUUCUCAUCUGAAAUAUCUCUCGUGCUAAGCACAAGCAGGAGCCCCGUUUCCCAAUUACCUCCCCCAUCACACCGAGUCGAUCUCGCAGGACCACCUCCUCACAAACAACCCCACACAAAACAAUCAUGUUCGCUGCUUCAAGGAUCCAGACCAGGGCCUUCUCGGCCUCGGUCCGCAACCUUUCCAAGGUCACCGUCCUCGGCGCUGCCGGCGGCAUUGGCCAGCCGCUGUCGCUGCUCCUGAAGCUGAACCCCAGGGUUUCUGAGCUGGCUCUCUACGACAUCCGCGGCGGACCUGGCGUCGCCGCCGACAUCUCGCACAUCAACACCAAGUCCUCGGUCAAGGGCUACGACCCCACCCCCUCGGGCCUGGCCGCGGCGCUCAAGGGCGCCGAGGUUGUGCUGAUCCCGGCCGGCGUGCCCCGCAAGCCUGGCAUGACGCGCGACGACCUCUUCAACACCAACGCCUCCAUCGUGCGCGACCUGGCCACGGCGUGCGCCGAGUCGUGCCCCGAGGCCAACAUCCUCGUCAUCAGCAACCCCGUCAACAGCACCGUGCCCAUCUGCGCCGAGAUCUUCAAGGCCCGUGGCGUCUACAACCCCAAGCGCCUGUUCGGCGUCACCACGCUCGACGUCGUGCGCGCCUCGCGCUUCGUGUCCGAGAUCAAGGGCUCCGACCCCAAGGACGAGAAGGUCACCGUCGUCGGCGGCCAUAGCGGCGUCACCAUCGUGCCGCUCCUGAGCCAGAGCAGCCACCCUGAACUCUCGUCCGACGCCGCCCUCAUCAACCGCGUCCAGUUCGGCGGCGACGAGGUCGUCAAGGCCAAGGAGGGUGCCGGCUCCGCCACCCUGUCCAUGGCCAUGGCCGGCGCCCGCAUGGCCGAGUCGGUCCUGCGCGCCGCCCAGGGCGAGAAGGGCGUCGUCGAGCCCACCUUUGUCGACUCGCCCCUCUACAAGGACCAGGGCAUCGACUUCUUCAGCUCAAAGGUUGAGCUCGGCCCGAACGGCGUCGAGAAGAUCCACCCCAUCGGCAACGUCGACGCCGCCGAGCAGAAGCUGAUCGACGCCUGCCUCGUCGACCUCAAGAAGAACAUUGAGAAGGGCGUUGCCUUUGUCGCCUCCAACCCCGGCAAAUAAGUGCGGGAACCCUUGUUAUCUGUAGCCUCUACCAAAAGACGGGCGACCGCGCGCCCACUCUGACGGGGUACCACUUGUGGUGUUACCAAAAUUUCGACUGAAGACGUCGACCUUGGAACCAACUUGGGUGUCUUGAGCUCGUGACUGGGCGGGGCAGGCGGGGCAUGAGAGAGCAUGGGUACGGAUGCAGCAUUUUAGAUCUUGCGACUGGCCCAAAACCAAAGGCCUGGAAAAAAAGCAAAAGCCCCAUGAUAGACGAUCUUUUUCGUCGUGUACCAUACAGAAAAUGAACCUCAAGUUUCCACUUUCACCUCUACGUUCUUUUCACUGUAUUCUCAACGAUAUCAACUGCUCAAAAAAGCGCUGCCAUCCAGCAUGGAGGGGUUGAAGACGGUGCGGGGAUGCGCGUUGUCUGUGCUCAACGUGACGAAACCCGUCUCGAACCCACAAGGCCAAAAACACAGUAUCCACAACUGGCACAGGCUGGUCGGUAGGCAGGCACAUAAAAACAUCUCGAGGCUGUUAUAGAGGGCCAUUCACGACCAACCAAAGACAUGCUACCUGAUAUCUACAAGUUUGCUGCUGUGAACCAGUACGAAAUCACCAAAAACAGAUAGUCUAGUCUAUGUAUGAAGACCAGUCACAAAAAAGAGUCGAGAGGUGCUGCCCUGGUCCACCCACCCGCGCUAUGGGCCGCGAGGCCGGGGCUGUGGCUUUAGGGUGCGGCAACAUGAAGUCUGGAGAUGAGUACAACAGAAAAAUAAUGACGAGCCACCUGGCCUACCGGCCACCUGCAGCCUGGUUUGCGGGGGGCAGUUCGACUCCCCACCGCUCUGCCAGCUGCCUCUUCUUGGCCUCCAUCUUGCGCUCGUACUCCUCCACCUGCUCCAGCCGCUUCUUCUCCUCUUCCUCCAUCUUGAUCUUGAGAUCCGCCUCCCUGCGG